ACGAUUUUUGGUGCUUUCGGUACGAGUUUAUUAUCGCGACGACGAACGAGGACAACUACAACGAAGUCAAAGACGCUGCUAAGAAUUUUUGUGGUUUCUGUUUCUUUUUUAUUCGUUGUGAAGUGAACGUGAACUCAGGAUUCUAUAUAUUUUUAUUAUUUUUACGCAGCAAUAAUUCUGCUUAUCUUUAUCAAUAGCUAAAAGUGCUUACGAAAAACGAUUUUAUAGAGAUUGUAAUGGCGUGAGGGAAGCGAAAACAAAGAAGUUGAAACUUCUGUGUUUUGUGCGUUUGAGAGCUCGGUCGGAGUAUCUCGACAGCACAGACGGCCAGACAGCAAGACAUCUAAGUCUGAAAAGUUGAACAGAAGGAAGUUCGGGGCAAAAAAUCGAAUGAAAAGUAUUUGCAAGUUGAAAGCAGCUGAUAAAUUUAACAACUUAAAAAUCUAUGGGAGUUGAUUUCAUAGCGACAUUUCAAGUGUGACUGUUAACUGUUAAGCAGGUGCAUUAGCAUCCGCUGCAGUGACAGGGUGAGAGUGACAACAAUGGUUGUUGGAUCGAAUCAUCAGCGGCGUGGUGGUGGUGAUACUAGUAGCAAUAACAAAUACGAGAAUUCUACGUCCAACGCAGUCUCCUCCACCUCAAAUAAUAGUACGUCUGGUUACCAUCAUUCGGCACAUAACACAGGUCAUCAUAAUAUCGGUGGUAAAACCAACUCGAUGUCUUCACAGAGUAAUGGCGGAAGUAAUAGCCAUAGCAGCUCCAAUGGUCAUGCCCAUCAUCAGAGCACAUACAAUGCAUUUACCAAUGGCUAUCAUUUAGGAAACUCAAUUGGCGGUACAAAUGGAACUGCUAGUAAUAGUGUUAGUCGACUUUCACAGUCGACGGGCAUGACACCAAAAGAACUUUCCGAAAAUGAUGAUCUAGCAACUUCAUUAAUUUUGGAUCCGCAUUUGGGUUUUCAAACUCAUAAAAUGAAUAUCCGAUAUCGUCCACUCAAAGUGGACAGUGCUCAGUUAAAGGCUAUUGUGGAUGAUUUCAUUGCAACACAAAACUAUGAUGUGGCUGUAAAGAAAAUAUUUAAUGGUCCGUGGAUACCGAGAAGUUUUAAAAGUAAAAACAAAAUAACAUUCAAGCGGCUUCACGAUCAUAUAAUCCGUUAUUUGAGGGUCUUUGAUAAAGACAGUGGCUUUGUGAUUGAGGCCUGUUAUCGUUACUCACUCGAAGGUCAAAAGGGUGCCAAGAUCAGUUCGACUAAGCGUUGGUCAAAGAAUGAUAAAAUCGAAUGUUUGGUUGGCUGCAUUGCUGAGCUGUCUGAAGCGGAGGAAGCUGCUUUAUUGCAUACAGGCAAAAAUGACUUUUCAGUUAUGUACAGUUGUCGGAAAAAUUGCGCCCAAUUGUGGCUUGGUCCUGCCGCCUAUAUAAAUCAUGACUGCCGUGCGAAUUGUAAAUUCGUUGCGACCGGCCGCGAUACUGCAUGUGUAAAGGUGUUGCGGGAUAUUGAGGUUGGAGAAGAAAUCACUUGUUUUUAUGGAGAGGACUUUUUCGGCGAUGGAAACUGUUAUUGUGAGUGUGAAACUUGUGAGCGGCGUGGCACCGGAGCAUUUGCGGGUAAGGUAAUGAACGGACAUAAUGGCAGUGAUGCAGGUGCCUUGGCGAUGGGUUUAAGUGGAGCUUGUGUAAUUGGUAUUAACUCGCAUGACCCAUCUGCAAGCGGCGGUUAUCGAUUGCGCGAAACGGACAAUCGUAUAAAUCGUAUUAAAAGCCGUGCCAACUCGACGAAUUCUACCCACAUCGACACAAACACUUGUGCGACCAACGCUCCCUCAAUAACUGAAAACGCCACUGGACUUCAGAUUGCUAAGAAGGCAGAAGGUGACACAGAUAUUGGUAGGGAUGUCCCUAAUUUAGAAACGUUGAAAAAACAACAACCUACUGUGGUAGUAACACCGUUGACAAUGAAGGAGUUACGUCAAAAAGGUAUGACAAAGUACGACGCCGAAAUGAUCAUGGCCAACACAUACCAACGGCAUCACCACCAUCAACAUCACACCCACCAACAGGUUUUGCCGCAAGAUAUAAAUGGCAAACAUUCAACUGAAACGAUGACAGGCAGUAAAGUAGUCGGUAGCAGUUUUAACGUAGGGCGAGAAUCGCUACGCAAAUCGGCACGUGUAAACAGCACUAGCAGUACGAUUUCUUCUGGUUCAGCGGAUGAGCUUUCUGUAAGCGCCGCAACAGCAGUGUCCCGUAAUGUGAGCACUGGUGCAGUGGCCAAAGCGAAUGCUACAAGUGCGGCGGCCGAACCAAAGUCAAGCGCUGCCACCAGUGUUGCACGGCGGCCAAUGCGUAGAGCAGGUGGGAAUGCUGUGCAUAAACCUAAUACGAAUAACAACAAAACAAGUGGCUACAUUACACGCAGCAGUAGUAGCAGACAAACACGUGCUGGAGCAAUGGCACGUGCAGAGGGAACGGAGGAAUGCCAGCAAAGGGAUCCAAAUGAUUUAAAUGUAAUGGACGAGGAGAUUGAUAAUGAUGAGGAGCAGCAACAACAAGGCGUAAAUACAGCAAUAGAUGGCGUAAGAAGCGGUUCUGGAGAUGAAGAAGAAAAAGUGCCACUUGCUGUUGCACCGCCUAAAGGUAAUGAACGCCAGCGACAUGACAAAACUGUACGCAUGCGCAAUGGACUGACUCGCGCCUCCGCAGCAUUGGGUAACAACAGCGGUGGGCGUAUACUGCGCAACCAUAACCAGCAUCAGUCGACUGCACACAAUAGUGAUAUAACCGAGCCAAGCAUUGGCACAGAAAUAAAAUCAACUGCCACGGAUGCCCAUACGAAUCGUAAUAAUUAUAACAGUAAAAGUAGUUGUAACAAUAGCAGUAGUUUAAGUAGUAAUUGUAGUAGUAGUAGUGCAAAUGAUUCAAAUGAAUUCUUUAACGGAGUUGUUGAUAGAUUUCCCGUUAGCAGACACUAUUCCAACACAGCCACUAUGCAAGAAGGCACUAACUUACACACAAGCUCCACAGUUUGCCACGGUGUCGCUAAUAAUGGCACUAUUCACAAUAGAAACAAUAGUAUUAGUCCAAGUUUCCGAAAAAAUUUAAUAGAUUCAUUUGAAGAGGCCUCGGCGGGUCAAACACAAACGCAAUCGCAAUCGCAAACACAAGAAUUGAUUGAGACAUGUCUGUCCAAAGAUUCCACUCAAACACAGGCACAGCGCACAACUCGUCGAAACCAGCAACGUAGCACUUUUAAAUCGGAUAACGGUACAACAAAUGGGAAUAUAACGCGUAAGCGAAGUUUAUCGCAGAUUACAGAACAUAAAGUGCACGAAGUUAAUAGUCACAAUGGAACUAUUGUAAGCGAUAAUGAUUUGCAUGUUAAUAUUGCGACAAAAGAUAGAGAUUGCGCGUCUGCAAAUACAGUUACGGCCAUGGAAACGCUCCUGAAGACACCGGAGAGACGUUUGAAGUUGACGCUGCGUAUGAAGCGUUCGCCUAUACUAGACGAAGUCAUUGAAUCGGGCACCAGUCUCAGUGACGAGAGUAGCAGUUUUAACGGUUCAUUCAGUCGCGCCUCAUCGCAUUCCGCCGAACCAGUGGAGUAUGAGAUAUUACGUAUGGAAGGUAUCUCCGAACAUGGUGGUGAAUUUGAUAGCAUUCCGCUAAAGCGUAAAAAGCGUCACAAAACCAAGGAGCACCAUCAUCACCAUCGGCAUCGUAGUCGUCACCGUCAACGCUACAAUGCUGCGGAUGAAUUGUCACAACACAAUAUGAAUGUUGAAGUCUCUACAACGCCUCCGGGUGUACCCGCCGCACAGUCCAGUCCACAAGCUGCACUGCCCACACUUAGCACCGACGCCAACGGCUGUGCGGUGCACACGCCACAAAAAAAGCGACUACGUUUAAUAUUUGGCAAUGAGACGCACACAAUCGACAUUCCAGCGCUGAGUUCGAAUGCCAGCCUAAAUAGUACAUUCAAUACUAGCGGUAGCAGUGGCGAGUGUGAAAAUGAGACGGGCGACAUGAGCGAAUCGAUUGUUUCCAAUGCCACACAUUCGGUUGCCGUAACACCGGCGACAAGUACUAAUGCCAGCGCUGAUACCAGCAUUAGUACACGCGCAAACGCAUCGUUGUUGGCCAACGUUUCGCAUUCGACGACAUCUUCUACAGCGCCCACGGAGCCAGCAAAUUCGCCGCAAUCCAAUUCGAAUUCCAAUUCGAGUUUGUGUUCAUCGUCGAAUUCCACAUUCGCGUCGGCCUGUUCGACAGCAUCUGUGCGCAACGAGAAACACGAGCAACAACAUGAACAAAUCUCUGAAACUUUAGCAGAAAAUCCUGCACACGCACCUGCAGCAGCGUCUGUGAUUUUUCACGCUGCAAGCGCGCUAACAACAAACACUGUUGUGGCACCACCGUUGUUGCAACACAAACCGUUUACUUUGUUGCAGCAACAGCUACAGACUACGGCGGCACCCACCGUUCCACCACAAAGCAACUUUAGCGCUUACAUGCAGCAUGCGCUCGUCGGUGCAACCAGCCUCGCUGGCCUGCAUGCAAAGUCGUCGGUGACAGCAACUGGCGUUAGUGGCAAUAACAAUUGCAUUGCCAGUAACUUGAAUGGCGUGACUGCGGCGCUUGCGCCAACAUUGUUUCUCUCGCAGGCGAGCGUGCCAAAGCAUACAUUCGGCUCUUGUGCCUUACUGCCACCCCCCACUUUCGCACGUAAUUUAACAGCCAGCGGUCAUAUGUUGUCAAUGGGCACGACGGCGAUUACUGCGUCAGCGAGCGCUACAACACACAAAACACCGGCCAGUGCAUCAUUGCGCGCGCUUAAUACGCAUACAACCGCAACAACAGCGCUGACAAUAGGUACAACAACAGCUAGCAUGGCUAGCGUAAACACGCUGGGCGGUGCGCUCAGUGGCGGUAGUGGUGGUGGUGGUGUUGGUGGCAAUGGUGUUGCCGCCACCUUAAUGGUCAAAAAAGCGACUGAUCUCCUCAUGAAUUGACCUUCAUUGUUGGCAUUGUGUAUAUGGUGUUGCGCAAGUGGCAGUAGUGCUGUCGCUGCGGUUGUGGCUGUGUUCUUGGCUGAAUAGUGUUGCUGCGGGCGCCAGGCGCGUUCCGUUCAGGCAUUUUAAUUACAUGUUGUUGUUGCAAAAUGUAAAAUGUAUAGUAAAGCGUAUUUAAUAGUUAAUUUUCUGUAUGUAUGUCGUGUUGUGCGUGUGGUAGCGCUGGUUAAGCAGUAAUUAAAACUAUAUUUUCACCUCUUUGUUUUUGAUAAAUACACGAGGACCAAAAGUUUCGCAGUUAAGUUUAAACUUUAAAGUAAGAAUAAAUAAAUUGAAUUAUUUAAAUUAAAACAUAAUUAUGAAGUAAAAAAUUAAUGUCUUAAGUGAAGAUUGUAGUGCAUAUAAUUUAUCAAUAUACAAUAAUGCAGGCGAAUUGGCCAUGAACACUACGUGAAUGAAAAGUGACGGCGAAUUGGAUUUUUACCCAUUAUUGUUCAAUUUAGCUACUUAUUUUCUUUAAUUAAACAAUAUGCUGAAUGCUGCAGCAACUUAAAUAUUUUUGAGGUUAUUAAAUUGAAAAAAAAAAUCUAACCUAUGGAGACAAUUAUCACCGCUCUUCAGACCCAUUAGUUAACACGUAGGAGCAUUUUAUUUUUGUGUUGUUAAUUUAAUUUAAUUUUUGGCGUCUAAUUUGUUGUACUUGCUUCAUAGAGCAUCAUGGUGUAUUGUAUGGAUAUGAAUGAUGUUGAUCAGUUUUCUUUUCUUUCUUCUUCUUCUUUUCUCUAUUUUACAUUGCAGAUGAGAAAUGUAUAAAUAAUUAUAAAAAUGAAUUGACUUAUAGUAGCAAUCUAGAUAAUAAUACACUUAAUUGCUACAAUAA